AUAAGUCUUUCUGCAGAUUAUUCUUUAUAUUACAAUAUCUUGCAUUUUUAUUUCAUUUCAGGAAAUAUACUUAUAGAUGAACUAGAAGAAAAUUUAAUUGAUGCAGAUAGUGGUUUCAUUGAGGAAGCUGCUUUGAAAACUGAGCAACAGCAUAGAGUAACUUCAAGAGAACAAGCUACAAAUGAUUCCAUUGCUCCAACUGAGGAGCUUCAAGAGGAUUCUAAGGAAGCAGAUGGACAAAAUGUUCUGUUGGAUAGGGCUUUACGUGCAACAAAUUCUGGGACAGCCAAUACACAACAAAAACUGAAAGUCAGUUUCUAUGAGUCAAAUCCUUACAAUUCUGUGUCUGGCCAGCGUAAAUCUAAAGGUUUGGCAAGCAGCAUUAUGAGAGGAGCUCGGAAAAAGACUGUGCGAAAUUUAGAAUUACCUGACCCAGGGGAACUGGGGUUGGAUAAGCAGCUGAUAGAAAGUGAUCAGAAUUUUGCAGAGGAUGAAGCUUCGGAAUCAGAGGACGAUUACGCCUUCAUGACUCGUGCAAUCAAGGGCCCAUCACUAGUACUUGCGCAAGCUCUACAUAUGCCUGGAAUUAUAGCCAGUGCGGUUUUGACGGUUGGUGAUAAUCAGAGUCCAAAGGCUCGAGAUGAGGCCUCGGACAACAAUAAUCAAGAGAUGAUAGGAAACAAAAACAGUAAGAAUGUGCAAGAAAAGAAUGUUGAUUGUCAAGCAAGUUCAAACAACUUCAGCAAAAGAAAUGCAGAUGAUGUUGACUGUCAGGUAUAUUCAUCAAAACAGACAAGGCUCAAAUCUGGCAAAGAUGUUAAAAGAAAGGGAGUCUUUAAAGAAAGACCCAAUGAGAACUUACAAGAUUUUGAUUGUGAUUCCGAGUUUUCAAAUAUGUUAAGGCAACAGAAAAUUGAGAAAAGGAGAAUAAUGAAAGAAAAUUCUGAGGUGGCAGCGGAGGCUAUAAAUGUUGAAGCUGGAUAUGCUAAUACUUCAGCAUUAAGGGCAAACCAGAAUCCCAUUUUGAGUGCUGAUGCAAGAAAACAAGCAGAGCAGAAGUGGAAGGAGAAAUUAGCAUCACUAACCAUAAAAGUCCAGCGACCACAAAGUGCCAAGCCAGGAACCUCCUUUUCUUACAAUAUGGUGACCUCAGCUUCACAGUCACCAGCUUCCAAAAGCCAUUCAAAGGCUUCACUUCCUCAUAAGAAGAAUGAACACUUUUCUCAGCGGUGAAGCAUUUGUAGCUGAAGUAAUCCUGAAGAAUAUUCUCAAGGAAUAAAAAGCUAUGAUAAAAAUAAUAAAACGAUCGUCAAAAUCUCAGGUACUUCAGAAUUAUAUAAUCAUAUAGCAAGAUAAAAGAAGAAAGGUGAAGUAUGCUGAUAUGUAUGUAUGUAUAUAUUUUCUAUUUUCAUGUAUAAGUUUUCAGUUUACUUUAUCAAAAAUUCUUCUUUAUAGUUAUUUUAUUUUUCAUGGAGUUGAAGUAAAAAUACCUAUUCAUUUUGUACAA